CCUAGGGAAGUUUACAUUUAGACAUCCAGCAGCACUGCUGGACACGUCAAAAUUCGUAGAGUUUAGUUUGACGUAAACAUGGAUGGUCAAUUAUUGGAACCCACAUUAUAUACCGUCAAAGGAAUGGCCAUCCUUGACAACGAUGGCAACAGAAUUUUGGCAAAGUAUUAUGACAAAAAUGUAUUUCCAACAUCAAAAGAGCAAAAAACCUUUGAGAAGAAUCUGUUUAGUAAGACACACAGGGCGAAUGCCGAGAUAAUCAUGUUGGACGGUUUAACAUGUGUUUACAGAAGUAAUGUAGAUUUGUUUUUCUAUGUUAUGGGCAGUUCACAUGAGAACGAGUUAAUUCUUAUGAGUGUUCUCAAUUGCCUAUAUGACUCUGUCAGUCAGAUUCUCCGGAAAAAUGUCGAGAAGAGAGCAGUAUUGGAUAGUUUGGAUAUAGUAAUGCUAGCGAUGGAUGAGAUUUGUGAUGGCGGUAUAAUUUUGGAUGCAGAUGCAUCAAGUGUAGUGCAAAGGGUAGCAUUACGAACAGAUGACAUUCCACUUGGGGAACAGACAGUAGCUCAGGUUCUGCAAUCGGCGAAGGAACAGCUUAAGUGGUCAUUAUUAAAAUAAGUAUUUUCUUUUUGUAUAAAAAUCUCACAUAGAUCCAGCAACAUAUGUGCACACAUAUGAAAAUUAUUAUUAAUAUUAUUUUAUUAUCGUACAAAAUAAAGCAAUUUAAUGAAAAU